UUUUUUUAAAAAACCAUUUUCAGCCCCCUUUUACAAAAAAAAAAAACUGAAACAAGGCCCUAAACACCCUUUUCUCCUCUUUCCCCUCACGUUUUCUGACCGGAGGACCACGCCACCACCAUGGUCGACGGGCAGUGGCGAAGGACUGGGCCUUUAGCCCGCUUUGAAGUCCGGUGGAUGGUCCAGGUGAUGAGAGGCCGAAAGCAAAAAAGGAAAUCUGACCGACUCUUUAACCCGACUCUGACGACGGCAAAGGAGAUCUCCGUCGACGGAGCUACGCAGUGGUUCCAGGUGAUGUCAGACGCGCGUGGAUGGGGCGCUGGCAUGCGGCAGCGCUGGAGGCAGAGGUGCAGGAAGCAUGCGACGCAAAAAGGGUUAGGGACCCUAGGGUUUGCUGCUGCUGAAAGUUUGUUAUGGGCUAUUAGAUUUGGGCUUAGGGUUCAAUUAGGCUUGCUAGGUUAAUUUUUAGGUAGUGGGUCAAGAAUUGGGUUGGUCAGAUUUGGGCUACUGUUGUUUUAUUUAUUUUGUUAUUUUGGCACUGGGCCCGACAAAUUUGGGCUUUUACAGUAGGUAUUGAGGUGAGUAUUUGACACUUUGACAUUGAUUUGAAUUAAAAGUUGAUUGAAUGGAUUGAAUUGAUA